CUUCAUAAAAAGCAUCAUCCAUGAAACUUUGGCGAAGAUCACAAAGUUUCUUGUUCUGAGGGUCUUCUUGAGCAGUGAUUGAUUUGUUCAAUAUUUUUGACUUUGGACACUCUGAUGGGUUAAAUAUUAUACCAUCGAGUUCUGAUAAGUGCUCCUUAUACACUUUUAAAAGUUUAUUUUUGCUCUUGAGCUGUAACUGUGUAACUUCAGCUUGCUUCUUAAAAUUUUCUUUGUCUUUUUGAGCAAGUAGCAAUCUUUCUUUGAUAUUGUAUCAAGUCCCAGCCAUUAAGUCCUCAAGUGUUUCUGAAUUAUCUAAAGCUUUGUCCUUCUUUACAAUAGCUUUUCUUAAUCUUAAUACCUCAAAGUGGUUCCGACUAGCCUGCUUCAGUUGUAAGCAAGCUUGUUCAUAUAACUUUCUGUAUUUCCUCUUCAAGUUAUAAUUCUUCUUGAUCAGUCUUGAGUAACUCUUCUGGCUACAUUGAGCAAUAUGUCUAUAGACCUUUAAGAUUUUCUCUAUUUCUUCUGGUUAAGACUUUUCAGAGAAACCUGCUUUUAAGUAAAGAAUAUAAGCUUGAUAAGGAAGAGGAUCAUCCCAAUUUUGUCUUAAUUCUCUGUCUGAAUGAGCAAAACUACACUGCUCUUUAUUCAUUCAAUCUUUGAUAUUAAACUGGCAUCUCUCUAUGCAAUAGUUUGGGGCCUUAGAUUUAUAUUGAGGGACAAAUCAGCAUUUUCAGUUUGAAUUGUGCAAUUCCAUUUAGUAAUUAAUAUAUUAUUUA